AUGUCGUGGGAGCUACUAGAACGCACGGUCUUCCGGUUACCAUAUGCACCUCCGCGGGUACGAAAGGAACCAAUGCAGGUUCUCUGUGUCGGAUUCCCUCGCACCGGCACUGAGUCUCUGCAACAGGCCCUCAUCACCCUAGGUUAUGAUUAUACCUACCAUGGUUGGGACAUUCUGUUCGAGCAGCCCCUCUACUCGGACAAGUGGGUGAAUCUAGCGAGGAGGAAGUUCAAAGUGUGCACGAGCGACAAGAGCAUCCUCGAUGGCGACUGCAAGAUCACUGCCGCCGAGUUCGACGAGGUCCUCGGCCACUGCACCGCGGUCACAGACGCGGCUGGCUCCGUCUUCGCCGCGGAGCUUAUCGAGGCAUAUCCAGACGCCAAGGUUAUCCUUAAUAUUCGAAGGGACGAGGAUGCUUGGUAUCAAAGCGUGUGCAAGACGCUCGUUGGCGAGAUGAACCCCAUGCUCUACAUCAUGAGCUGGUUUUGCACCGAAAUGUUCUGGGCCUGGCAUGUAUACUGGAGGUUUCUUUGGGCUUGCCAGUUCCGUGCCCCGGAUGGUGAUAGCAGGCGAGGCAUCUGCGGAAAUGGGCGCUGGAUUUAUCGGGAACAUAAUAACAUGAUAAGGGGCCUUGUUCCUAAAGAGAAGCUACUCGAAUGGAGCGUUGAGGAUGGGUGGCACCCUUUGUGCAAAUUCCUUGGCAAGGAAGUGCCUGUAGAGGAAUUCCCACAUGCCAACACGCAGAGCGGAUUCAAGGGACGAAUCGACCAUUUAAUGAAGCUCUGGGUCAGAAAGUCGAUACGGAAUAUGAUGGUAACGCUCGCGGUCGUUGCUAGCGGAGGUGCCGCUAUCUACAAGUUGAGCAAGGCAGCCUAG